UUCCGAAAAGCCCUUGCUCACCUGCAUGUGCAUAUUUGUCAGGCAAUCUCGCGCACCACGGAAUCGAGUACCGUGCGUAAUCAACAGCAUCAUUCACUGGUUACUUUGUGCGUAUUGAACUCGGUACAGCGUCAUGAUAAAUGCGAUUCCCGUCUGCCACCACCCACGUUGCCCGACCCAAAACUGGUGAUGCGGAUAACAGAACAGGACAGUCUUGGUUGAUUUUCGUCCUACAGGAACUGUGUAGAGCCUGGUUUUGUGAGAGAAUUAAAGGUGAGGCUUUGUCGGAAGAAAAAAAAUAUGGCAGCUCACACGAUGCGUGCGGUUCAGUACUCAGCCCUCGGAGGCGGUGCUGCAGCGCUUCAGCAUGUAGAAGUCCCAGUUCCUCUACAAGCGAAGGACCAGAUAUUGGUUAAUGUUGAAGCUGCUAGUGUGAAUCCUGUAGACUGGAAAUUCAUUCAAUCCGGGAAAGUCAGACCUCUUCUUCCAAAAGAGCUUCCCCGUAUAGCAAUGCACUACUUCAUCAAUUAUCCAUGUUUCACAAUUGUGCAAUUGAACUUUCCUUGACAUGAAGGAUUCGUCCAAAACAUACAGUUACGGCAACGAUUUGUAAUUUUCCGUGUAACUGGGCAAGAUGACUGGUUUAAUGUGUUACCACUGUGAACAACUGUAUGGCAGGCACCGACAUUGCGGGUGAAGUUGUUGGUCUUGGUCCUGCCGUGACAUCCAACGCCGUUGAGGACAAAGUAUCAUGUUGGACAGGUCUCAAGAAUGGAGGGUCAUUAGCAGAAUAUGCGAUUGCAUCCAUCAAGACCACAACCAAGAGACCAGAACGUGUGUCGUCACUAGAUGGGGCAUCCUUGGGUGCAAGCUGUGCGUGACAGCGCAGGAAUUAAAUUGGAUGGGACCAGCAAGGAUAUUAACUUGCUCAUCACAGCAGCUUCUGAUGGCGUGGGAACCUAUGCAGUACAGAUAGCAAAACUGGGAGAUGUGCACGUAACAGCUACAUGCGGAGCUCGUAAUAUUGCCUUAAUCUCGAGCCUUGGGGCAGACGAAGUGUUGGAUUACCAGACACCUGAGGGAGCAAAACUGCAAAGUCCGUCUGGAAGAAAAUACGUCUUCGUCCUUCAUUGCGCCAAGUACCAUCCCUUCUCCCACUUCAAACCACAGCUCUCAAAGAAAGGUAAAGUGAUUGACCUCACUCCGUUUGCCAAAGGUUUGAUUACCACAGGAAUCCAACUGGCAACGUUUUCUGCCCAGAAAUUUUUGCAAAUUUUUGUGAACUCUAACAGCGAUGACCUUGCAUUGCUGACAAAUCUUAUCAAUGAGGGUAAGCUGAAGACGGUAGUGGACUCCACCUUUCCACUGUCUAUAGCAGAGAAGGCUUGGGAGAAACAGAUUGAAGGUCAUUUAACAGGAAAGGCUUUUGUUACCAUGAUUGAGUAAAACGUUGAUUCGUCAAGUUGGGGUUAUUUUAGAGGAAGAAGAUGAUUCAUAAAGUGGGGGUUAUCUGAGAGAACUGGUCGAGCCUGAUUAGCUGCAGUUUUCAUCUUUGCUUGAGUAAUUUCAUAAGGUAGUGUUGCAAGAAAUUGUUGUAUACCUCACGUGUAUAACAGUGUUAGUCAAAUUUUAACCUUCCAUUUGAAUUACAUAUAAUUAGCAAUAAAAAUAUCCACACUUGUCAC